UUACUUAUUUUGUGUUCAUACUCUUCAGCUACUUGAGAAAGCAUUGGAAGAAUCUGGCAAUGACCUGGAUGCUGCUAUUAGGAGCCUGCAUGAGCUUCGCCUUGGAUAUGCAGAUGGAAAAUCGGACACGAAAGCUUAUGGAGAGAUGGAAAAUGGUAUGAACCCCACCAAUGUGCCGGCUGCUCAGUCAGAAGAUCCUUCUGAAAACAAGUUUCCUGCCAAUGGUGUAGAAUGGGAGGAAUUGUUUGUGAAGGAAAUGAUGAGUGCUACAAGCAUAGAUGAUGCCAAGGCUCGAGCUACCAGGCUGUUGGAGAACUUAGAGAAAUGCAUUAGUUCACGUGCAGGUGCAGAGGCAGCUCAAAAUUCUCACAAGGAAAAUAUUAUGCUGAAACAGCAAAUAGAAGUGCUUCUCCGAGAGAAUACCAUUCUCAAGAGGGCAGUGUCCAUUCAGCAUGAACGUCAGAAAGAGUAUGAUGAAAGGAACCAGGAAGUGCAUCAAUUAAAGCAGCUGAUUGCUCAGGGUAAAGAGCAAUUGAGAACUCUUGAGAUCAACAAUUAUGCUUUGAAAAUGCAUUUGCGGCAAGCUCAGCAAAGCAACUCUAUCCCUGGAUUCAAUCCAGAUGUGUUUUAAUGUGCCGAACUUUCAAAGGAAGAGAUAGAGCCCAGAUAUGGAUGUUUUACAGGACAUUUUCUUUCUGUUGUCAGAUCUUAGAGUUGUAAGGUUUCUCUAGGCCAACUUGUGCUGAUGAUUCCAGUGAACCUGCACACAAGAGACAGCGCCAAAUUUCCAAUGUUGAAGGUCAGUACUCUUUGUGAUGGAAACAAGCUGAAGUUUAAAUUAUGAUUUUGUUUCUUUCAGUAUGAAUUUUGUGAGGCCUUCAAUUGAUAUACAAAAUUAAUAAACACUAGUUUUAGGAUACGUGCGUUGCACGUGUUAAUUAGCUGAAUCUAUUAAUACCAUAAUUGUUUAUAAUAAAAACAAAUUAUGUAUAAUAACAAUUGACGUUCAAAUAGAUACAACAUUCAUUUAGAUGGAAAAAUGAGUGUUAGUAUUACAUUGAUGUAAUAGGUGAGUUCAAAAUAAUAGGAUAACUUAUGUACCUUCAAACAUGAGAAAUUAAUUAGUCUAGUUUUAUAGCAUGUGUAAUUAUGUUAGAUAUCUCUUAGUAGACAAUGCUCUUGAUAUAUCUCUCCGUCGCUUUUGUUGCUCUAUCAUACCAACAAGGCAGGAUAGAAGUCAAUCAAGAUAUUUGAAAAUUUAUUUAAUAUACGAUUAAAAGAAAGACUUGAACCCAUAAGAAUUAAACAUCAUAUAAAGAAAAAGAGAACUUUAACGUUUAGUUGUUCUGUUUCUAAAAUUCAAAGAGAAAAAAAUGAAAUGCAAUAAAAAAAUCAGGUAUUCCAUAAUGACCUGAACUGAUAUAACAGAUAAAAUUCUGGCUAGGUGCAAGGACGCCAACUGCCAAUGUUUAUUGUUAAGUAUAAGAAAAAUUUAAAUCAUUUAAUAUUUAUAAUACUCCCUUCGAUCUACACUAAUUCAUUUUUUGGUUGUUUUACACAUAGUAAGUAAUUCACCUUUUAUCAUUAAUUAAUAAUAAAAUUGAUUAUAUUAACCUUAAUUUGUUCAUUGGAAGUACAACAAAUACUCCUAAGCUUUUUUACUCCAAGCGCAACUUUAGAAAAAAAAAGUUAAUUCCUUCUUGAUAUUUAAAAAAGUUAAAUAUUAUGGACCACAAAAAAAAAGACCAAAAAAUCAAUUAAAGUGGACCGGAGGAAUCAACUAAAAGAGGUAAUUGAAUUCACCUUUUUUUCUUACAAAAUAUGAGCAAUAUAUGAGUUAGAAUGUUUAACCAUUUCUUUUAUAAUCGUAUAUGAGACAUCAUAUACAAUAAUCGCAACAACAACUUUUUAAUUUGCAAUUGUUUAUUAUUAUAUAACUUCAAAAACAACCUAAAGGUUAGAAAAUUUACCUCAAAAUCACAAGCAAGUUCAUCCCACAGGAUACUACCAAGAGUUUAUGAUAAGGAAUAUGGAAUAGUGACUUCUUUUAAUAAUUUUGGUUUUAAAAUUCUAGAAAACCAAAAAUUGCUUUGCAUCCUACGACAAUUUUGGUAAAAGAAUACUAAACCAUAAGUGACAUUAAUUGCUGGGUGAUUUUGAUGAAAGAACCCUAAACUUAAAGUGACAUUAAAGUGGCUUUUUCACACUAUAAAAAUUAUUGUACAACCGUAAAUAUUUGAAAUAUAGAUUAUUCUUCAAGAAGGAACUUCCAUUUAAUUGAAUAACCCAGUGCACUGGUAAAAUAUAGUUAAACAAAAUCAACGGCAAUUAUGGUAAAAGAAUACUAAAAUUAAAGUGACAUUAAAUUGCCGGCCAGUUUUGGUAAGAAAAUCCUAAGCCAAAUGUGACUUUAACUGCGGGUGGAAAAUUAAAGUGACAUUAAUUGCCGGCCAGUUUGGUAAAGAAAUCCUAAGCCAAAAAUGAUUUUAAUUGCGGAUGUUGAAUCGAGCUUUUUUUUUACACUAUAAUUUAAAUUAUUUAUAUUUACAAUUACAAUAAUAUUCAAUAUAAAAUAUACUUAUUAAGGGUAAAAAAGGCGAAUGACAUUUCGCUAAGUGCCUUCGUGCUUUUAAGAUGACUAGUUUUAGAGUACGUGCGUUGCACGUGUGUGUCGCGUCAAUUUAAAAAAUUUUAUUUAAAAAAAUAAAUUAUGUAAAAUAGUAACAGAUCUUUUAAAUGAUAAAAAGAAUGUUACUACAUUAACACAGUGUUUGAGUUCAAAAUAAUUGGAGCAUUCAACCUGCUUCUAACUUUUUUUUUUUAAUAAUAACAAAAGUUCUUUAUGUAACAUUUAUGGCGCCUUUGAAAAACGUAAACUAAAAUACAAAACGGGGGAGUUACAAAAGUUAUUUUGAAACUAGUAAAGUUGCCCGCGAUGCGCGAUCGAAUAUAAUACCAAUAAAUUUAAGUUUUAUCUAAUUAAAAAAAUUCACGAAAUAUUAAGAAUAUAAAAGACUAAAAUGAAAAUUUAGAAUAAUUUCAUCUUAAGACUACUAAUUACGAAAAUAAAAAUAUUUAAAUUAUAAUUAUUCGUAUAUUAAAAGAUGAUAAUAUAUAAAUGAAAUAUAAACUUUUAUAUUAGCAGAACCGUUGUCUCUUGUCCUGUCAACUUAAAUUUAAUACCUUUCUUGUUUUCGGAGACUACAUACGACCUUGUAUUUAAAAUAAAUAAAUUUAAAACUUUUAUUAUAAAUAUCUAAAAGUAGAUUGUAUAAAUUAAAUAUUUCAAAUUAAUACUUACGAUGUAAUCUAGACAUAAAUUUAGAACACAAUUGAAGUUUAUCUUGACGAAAACAAACCCCUUUGUUGCAAGGGUAUCAGAUAAAACAAAUAACUUUUUCCAGUAAAGUAAUGUAUGCUCUAUACUUGGGUAAGAAAUAUUUUACUCCUGCCCAAAAUAUUAGUUCUCUGUUGGAAAAUGUAUGCUCUAUCAACCAUUCUUUUGGUUCGUUAAAUAAUCUUAUUUAAAAUAAUACAAUAAUUAUCUGUAUGCACAAAAUGUGGAAGCAUGAAUUGAAGGACAAAAUGACAGGUUUGUAAUGACUAAAAAGUACACAUCUGAAACUACAUAAACAUAUGCAAGUUUCCUUUCUAGAAAUAAUACACUCAUACAUACUUAUAACUUCAAUCAUAGUUAUAUAUUUUCAAACCAAAAAUCAAUGAAAAUUGCACCUAUAUUUUUUGUUUUGCACUAAUUAAAGGAUUAAAAUGAAAAGAGAUAGUCCCAGCAGUACAACAAAAAUAUGCAUAAAGAAAACCGGUGAUGCCUUUUGGCGAUACUUCCUGCCGCCGAUUUUUAUUCAACUUUCUGCAUCUUCUUAUUAUAAACGUAACUUAUGUGUAUUUUUUGUUUGUAUGUUUUAUUCAUCACACACAUAUAAAGACCUUAAGUUUGAAUGAAUUAAUAGCAUCCGAUUCUGAAUAGCUUCUUUAUUUACUUAUCAGUAGAGAAAAAAUAACCGCUUCAUAGAGUUUUAAUUUGUUAAAAUCCAAGAAACAUUACAAAAUGAGUUUAUUAUAGUACCGAUCUUCGCACUAAACGUCAAAUGCAGAAAUAAAGUUUCUUCUUUUUUACUAUAUCGAAAAAAAAACAGCCAAUUUAAACCAAUACGAAAUGAGCCAACCCCAAAAAACGAAAAAGGAAAAGAAAAUGCAGCGAGAGUCUUGUGUCAAGCUUAUCACUUCAUGACUUGCGUCAUUACUGUCAAUCAUUCUCAUUGCGAUGCGUCUUUUUAUUUUACGCUUCAUCUGCAUCUAAAUAAUCCAAAAUAAAAUAGUCAACAUUCACUAUUUUUAAAUCAUAAACUUCUAAUAAGCAGAACAUAUGGAAAAGAGAGAAAGUAAGAAAACCUUGAAGUUCAGAAACUGCCAAUAAGAACUUUGCCUUUUUUCAUUUUGUACUUCCUCUGCAUCCCACAAACUAACCAUAGUAGUCAAAUUUCACUAUUCUAAUCAUAAAAUUAGUAUAAAGCAGAAUAUAUUGUAUACGGUCAAAAUAGAUUUCGCCUUUGCUACGUUCGAUCGAGAUCGAGUGGCAAGAAGCCGGAGUAGGAUUUUGGGAGUAAACUCCGAAGACAGUACAAACGAGCCUCGAGUCCAAAGGUUGCUCGAGGAGUCGGCUCGAUAAUCUUAUCGAGCCCGAGCCGUUGCUUCGAGGUCGGAAAUGUACCACGCCCGCCCCGAAGGUCGAAUUCAAGCCAAGACUGAAGAGCCGACCCAAUAACGGGUUCGAGCCAGUAUCGAGUUCGAGCCAGUGUCGAGCUCACAGACAAGAGUCGUUGCAACCGCACCAAGAAAGAGAAUCUUGACGGGAAUCGAGGAAGAGACAAAUCAUCAUGGAUUCUCCACUAUAUGCUUUAUUUUAUUAUUUUGUUAUAAAUAAUGUAAUGACCCUCUAUUAUAAAAGGGGAUCCUUGUAAGCUAAAGAUAUUGAA